AUAGCCACAUUCUUGGUCAAGAAGGACCAACUGCAACAUGACAUCGCAAAAAUACAAAGUUCGCAGGUAAGCCAGUUACAAGGUUUGAGUAUUUUAAAGACAGUGAGUUGUAGGGAAAUGGUGCAUGAACUGUGUAAAACAAUAAACAAGUAUCCACCGACAAAUAUAGUGCAUUGACAAUCGUGAAACUGCCACAUAAUAUCGUUAUUAAUCCUAUGAUCAAACCUCUAUCAUACGCCUGAGUUCAAAAUUUAGUUGCUUAUUCUUUUACAAAGAAACAAGUCUAAUUUUAAUAUGGAGCUUUAAAGAGACGACUCAACACUGUAUUUAAGUUAUUCGCACUUAGCAUAUCAUCCAAAGGUGUGCCGUCAGUUCGCAAUCACAGUAGACAUGUACAAAAUCUACGUUGCAUAGCCCUAUAGUGUAAAAUAAAAUAUAGUCUUAAAAAAUUUUCAUGUUCGAAGAUUGUAAAAGUCAUAAAACCCUGGCAAUGUAUGUUUUUGAAAUCUCUCGGGCUCUUUGUGUUUAAAAGUUUUGAUACACUGAUUGCACACUUCAAUCAAGGAAAUGUCGUAGCGAACAAACAUAUUACUGGGUGUUGUUAAAAUGCCCAAAUAAUGACAACUCUUAUUCAAUGAGUACAUUCGUUGUGUUGGUAACUAUUUAUUUUAAUAUUUCUCUUUCCCAGUCUAAGUCACCGAAAAUUGGCUCAAUGGAAUGCCACUGGCUAAGGAUAUAUAUUCUUUAAAUUUGGUUAAAUGACAUUCUAGAAUAUACUUCACUAAAUUUACCAGUCACAGUACAAGAUCUGGUGUUCGUUUUCCUUUUUUGUUGGUUUAAAACACGUUAUCCUGUUUCAAAAAGAACAGCUCUUUUACACAUCAAAGAAAGAUACUUUCUUUGGAGUUGGAUAAAAACCAAUUCAACUCUCAAUACAAAACGUGAUGUUUAUAAUUUGUUUAAAUGGCGCGACCCAUUGAACCACUAAACCGUGAAAGGGUAUGAAUUCAUGGGGAUUUGUAGCAGUCAAAAUCCGAUUUCCACUGUAUACAUGUAUGCUUCUCAACGGAAGCACUUGCAUUUUCUUCUUAUAGUUCCUAUAUUUUGCUUUGAGGCUGUUGGAUUAAAUUUGUUACGCAAUGAAACCCUGAAUACUAAAUCCAAAAUUGUGAGGGUUUGGGGGGUUAUAGCUCCCUUUCUUUGACAUAGUCAUAAAUUUACAGCAUGAGGGCCAAGUUGUUCGAAGGCCAAUUAGCGCUAACCCAGGGUUAGAUUUUAACCCUGGAUUCUUUUUCUUUUGUUCAAAAGCAUUUUCCCGAAUAAUUUUCUCUCUUCUUUAUAGAGUAUCCAAUCAUCAAAUUGUAGGCAAAAAGAAUAAAACUGAAUUUGCUUCUAAAGCGUUCAUAUCUGAAAUCAAAUUUCGCACUAACUCUGGAUUAGCUUAACCCUGCUUUGAACAACCCGGCUCAGAUUCAUAACUUGCAAAGAUAACUUAACUUAGUAAAAUCCAACUAGUGGUCUAUUAUGAAUGCUGCGUUUUACUGCUACUACUAGGUAGGUAAAACCUAUUGAGGACCCUCCGCAACGGCAGAGAACUGGAACGAGUCCUUAACCAAAUCGAAUUACAUCGUGCCAGAGUAGUUCGAUAAACUAAAUCCCGAUCCUCAAUCUUGAAUAUUUACUUCCAUCUUAGGUUAGUCCGGUCCUCACCCCUAAUUAUUCACUUUCGCAACUGUCCGACUUCCCUUCACACUACACCGAAGUGUGGCAUAGAACCUAUCCUAUAUGUGGCGCCCCACUUUCGAGAUUAGCGCGGCGCUGCUUCGCUCCGCUACAGAAAUCGCGCCGAAAUCACGGUGACCGUUCUUUUGUGUGGUACCAGAAUCCCUCUUCAGUAUGGUUUUCGUGCUAGAGUAAGCGCUAUCCAGUAUAGCGUGAACAUAGUCUUAACCCUUUAAACCCGAAGAUUAAAAUUUAUAUUCUCAUUUGUUGUUUCUAUUCAUUUCAUACAGAAGUGGUGUGGAGAAGUUGAUAAAACAUCAAGCAAAUUCAUCUUGUGUGAUCAUGUCCGUAAUUCUCAUGACCACUCUGUUUUCCAAAGCAUUGAUAUUACAAGAAAAAAUUUGAUGCUGAUCACUCUUAGGGCUUAAAAGGUUAAGAAUUCAACACUAAAAUUCGCCAACAUUUGACAGAUUGAACGGGGUGGAAUCGUUAAGAUGAAGCCUGAGAAAAGGGGUAGUUCUCUUCUCCUUAAUUGACGUUUCGCUUUCGUGCUUACUUAAGCUUUCUUUUGUGUCAGGUUUAACGCGCUGCUUUUCUUUACCAAGCCUCGCCCUCGCAGAUAUAUAUUUUGGGACUAAGUUACUUACUUUUACUGUUUCGUUGUAUUUGUUUCAUUAAGUACUGAUGACAUGGCCGAGGAGUUUAAGAAAAAAGCUGUGGCCUUCAGCCGGACGCUAAGAGGUCUGGAAGAUCGAGCCGCGAAAUGUGAAUCUCUAAAAUGGAUGGUUAGUUAACAUUAGCUCUUAGCGAACACAUUAUAAGCGUCCUUUUAAUGAACAUUAACAGUAGCUAGGACAUAUAUUCAGAUUCAUUGAUGCAUUGUCGAAAAAAUGAGGAAAAAAAUAAAGAAAGAAAAAAGGAAAAGGUAGAAACAACUUUAUAACCUGAACUUGAAUCUGCUAAAUUAAUAUUGAUUAAAACAAAAAAGAAACAAAAAUUAUUAUAACAAAAGAAGAAAGUCACAAACGAAGUGAAAAGAAACUGGCUUAGAGAAAAAUGAGGCGGAAAAUGAUGCUGACUGUACCGAAAUGAUUUACGUUUUUUGUUGGCAUCUUAAAGCCGCUAGGAAAGACAUUAAAAUUUCCUGGCCACAUCAUGGAACGUAUGCCGUUAUCAUUUUAUUUUGUAAUUAGUAAUUGGGUUGUCUAACUAUACAGUGUACUUCUGGCGGUCAGGACAUAAACUAUAUAAGAUACAAGGCUUCCCUCAUUUCCAACAUUGCAUAAAAUCGGUGUUUAAGUAAUAAAUAUUUUUUCCUUUAGGACAAACAAUCCUCUAGCACGGUCAUGUCUAAGGCAGAGAGUGACAGUACCUUACUUGAUUGGCAGCCAUAUUUGAAUGAUGGAAAACGAAAGUUAACGAGGUAAUGACCGUGAUAACAUCUUAAUUAAUGAAGGUUGCUUUGGCAAUUGCGCAUGUAGGGUCAUUUAGGCGUACAGAACUUACAGCAAAGACUUGCUCGAGUAUCUCGUCCCGCGAAGCCCCUCAGCGUGGGAGACUCCUGGAGUGACCACCAAACAAUUAAUAGGGAGCUUAAGCAACGACGUUUUUGAGCGACGCACGUCAACCGGAAGUGGCCUUUUUUCAUUUUUUGACGGUGGUUUCGCGCAAAUUUUCAGUCAGAUCGCCUUUAUAACAGUAAAGAAGCUAAGGAAUACAAAUUUUAUAUCAGAGGCAUGUUUAUAAGAGGAAAAAUACCUCACUUCCGGUUGACGCGCGUCGCUCCAAAACGUCGCUGCUUAAGCUCCAUAAUAUAGCUUCCCAAUACGCAAUUGCCCAAUGCCCAAAGCAACCUUUAUUGGAUUAGGUUACAGAUGCCACCACCUGUUAAUUGUGACUUAUUAGUGCCGGGUCCAGACCUUGAGAUAAGUGUUGUCACGAGAGAAUUCAACAGUCACUUUUACUAUUCUGCGUCGGUUGUUUGCUUUGAGGCAGCAGCGCGUGGACUUGAUGUAAAAUGUGCGGACGUCUGUUGAAUUAGACUUUCGUUUAUUUACAGCCUCUUAAAUUACCUUAAGAGAAAUUCUCAUAUCCCCGUCAACGCCCUAAGAUUCAUUCUCUGUCCAAUUAUUCUCUUUUGCCUGACUGUAUGGCGUGUUCAGCCGAGAUCACGUGAUUUUCAAGGCUUCUACUGGUCAUUUUGUUGGACGGUGGGCUCAUCUUUGCUUUAGCGAUGUUUAUUUCAUUUGUUUCAUUGUCAGGACCUCGGAGAAGUUAAAAGAGAUUCAGAAACACAGGAAGCAAAAGAAGAUCUCUUUCAUUUUCUCGGUUAAGGAAGCCCUACCUUCAUGGGCCAAAAAGAAAGUCCGCGGGAGUCAUAUUCAGUUAAACCAGUUCGUUAACGACACAGAUGACUACCAGGUUAGGAUAAAUUAUUUUAUAAUUAGAGAAUCUGAACAAAAGUUUUUCUUAGCUGUAAUUUUUCCCAGUUUGAGAGUUAAUGCCUAUAGUGAUAUCCCUUUUUCCAUUCGCAAUUUAGUCAUUUAAACGGUGUCUUAAUGCCUCUGUAUUACUUUAUGUGUAAUCUGUUACAUUAACUGUAUCACCUUUUAAUGGUGGAAAAUAAAAGCCAAAAUACAAAUAACUCUUACGUAGUGCACAUGAGGAAUAAUUGCUUGAAAUCUGCAUGGUUUACCUUUUAGAUAGAGAAAGAAGGCUAAUUGUAGUAUUAGUGGUGGUAUUUAAAUGAUAGGAGGGAUAUGAGCAAAGCCGUUCAAUCCAAAUGCGAGGCUUAGGCAAUACAGCGUUGAAUUAAUGAUGAAUGUUUGAAAAUUUUUUUUGACAUAAUUCAUUAACUCCCUCGCCUCCCCCCCCCCCCUCCCCCAAGGAGUUUUUCCCUAGAAACUCAAGAUUUUUCUCCUCUCCGGCUCCUCUAUUUCCAAAUUCAUUUUGAAUAAAAUAUGCAACGUAUCUGAAAAUGCUAUAAUCUUCUUUUUUUUUCAGGCACUAAUAGACGACAUCAUCCUGCAAAUUAACCCUGCGGAUGAGCUGUCAAAACUGGUGUAUAAAAUAUGCCAAAUGCAGGACUCAAAUCAAAAUGAUGAACUAACCAAAGGUCUACACAAUCUGUCGAGUCGCUGGAAUUCACUUAAUUUGAAGGUUAUUAACAAUAGCAACAGGUCAGUUUUUAUUUGCUUUUUUAAAUUUAUAUCGAACACGAAACACAGUGUCUCAUCACAUUUCAAACACUGUACCGAAAAAGGAGUUAACGACGGGUAGAAGAAUAUUUUCGACGAAAUAUCGAAUGUUGGGUUGCUUGAUACUUUGAGCAAACAUCAACUUUCUUGAGUUCCGAUAUAACCACUCAACAGUAUAAUUUAAAGGGAAAACCAACGAUGCAAUAACAUGGAGUUUUUCAAAAGGGUUAACACUUUCAGUUGCAUAAAAUUUCCUUUGGUUUUUACUAGUGAAUAAUCAAUGAGUUUGAAAGUAGCCUUUUUCUCUAAAGAAUUCUCUGGAUCUUUUGACGAUCUAGCUUCUUUAAAACAAAACCAACUUGCCUGUAAAUGUCUCAAAGGUGUCCGUCCUGAGCGCUGAAGCUCGCUGAAGUAAAAUCGACUGAUCAGAGACAAUCAUGUUUAGACGUGCUGAAUAAACUGAUUCAAAAAAGGAAGGUUAACUGUUUGUUUCUAAUGUUUAAAUUAAUAUUUAUUGCUUUCCCUGAAGUAACUGCAUCUAAAAAACCUUUUAGGCAUUAUUUAAACAUGGUGUGAUAUUUUAUCACUGAUCUAAACCGCUUCAGUUUAUAAGUCUUAGUCUGUCAUUUUUUUUUUCCAAAAUAUAUGACUAUCUAAGAAGUUCAAGUCAAUCUGCUAAAGGUAAAAUGACGCUGAUUUUAAGAAUGGCAAACUGACAAAUGAUUCUUUCGUUUUCAGUUUGGAGUCAUUAGGUUUGGACGUUGAUCACGAGUACCGGAAACUGAACGAGUGGUAUCAAAAAUACGACGCCCUUCGUCCAUGGCUUGAUUCAACAGAAAAUAUUUCUAACGCAGAGGUCGGUAACGAAAUCACUGUCAAUGAAGUGAAAGAAAAGUUGCCCACAGUUCAGGUAAUUUUGUCUUUCUUUCUUAGUUGAGUACAUUUAUAAAUUAAACAUUGUUCAAUAGUUGCUGAUUUCUUCCCUUGGGUUUCUUUCUCAAUGCUUGUAACAAACAAUAGCGGCAUUUUGCAUUAUAGAGUGUUUUCACGUGACGUCACGGCGGCCAUAUUGGUGUCCCAAAAAAAUGAAACGGCGGCCAUGUUGGUGUCCCAAACCAAUCCUCUGGGAGUUGAAAUGUUUUCUUAUGCAAACGCUUUCUUUUGUUCCAAUCAAUUUGCAUAAAUGCUGGACACGUGAGUGAAAACACUCUAUAAAGUCCACAACAGGCCAUUUGCACGGUGGCGUCAUUUUACUGCUAGAAAUCUUUUCGUUUUUCUUUUCAUAUUUAAAUUUGGACGCCCCAGUGAGGCUCAAAUAACAAAAGCCCUAAUUUGCACAAGAAAGCAAAACCCUGAGGGAUCCUGGUCAAAGUAGUAAGAUGACGCCAUCAUGCAAAUGGCCUAUUAAUUUUGUUUUCACUUGUAAAUUAAUUUUUCUGUUGAAUAUGAUAAACCAGGAAAAAAUAAAGGAAUGUCAAAGCCAAAAACCUCAGUUGCAACAAAUCAAUGGUGAUGCUGACGUUCUUUUGGACAGCGGUCGCUUGGACCAAGGAGAUGCGGAGAGGGUGGAACGAAUCAAUGAAACCUUAAGUACUCGAUUCUCAACAAUCAGCGCAAAGCUUGAAGAAGCGCAAAGCAAGUACGAGCGACUAGUAUCAAAUAAGAGUAUGGUCCUUUGCAUCUAAGUUGGACCGGCCAUUAAAAUAAAAGUGCGUAGCACUGUCAACAUCUUUGACAGAACAAUGGUCAAGUGUAGUGUGCUUUGUAACGAGAUGUUGAAAAUGUUCAACGUUUUUUAAUCCUAACGCCAUAAUUCACCUAGAUUGAAAAGAACAGUGGCUUUAGUAUACACACUGUUCCCAAGAGUGCCAGAUAGAAAACCAUUAAAAAUCAAUUUGAUUGGAUGAUAUUUACGUGAGAAAUACCUACUUAUGUGGCGGUGAACAUAUAUAGGAGCAAAAGUUCGACCUUUACAGAAUAUUAAAACAUGACUAACAUAGGAAACGUUUUAAUCCUUUUGCAAACUAUAGCGUAACCUCUUUGGAAGGAAUUGCCAGAGAAAUAGAAAGAAAAGAAACUGGUAUUUUUGCUUCUCGCCAAAAACCGAGGUUUCUCUUCGUGAGCCGCUGUCAAUGACGGCUCGGGUCGAGGCGAGCGAUGUUUGUAUUUGGUAACUUUUCUUUGUUUAGUUGUCGUCGCGUAGAAUUUUCGCAAGCAACUUUGGUUUUUUUCCUCCUUAAUUAAUUUAGAUUUUUAAGCUCAAUACCCGAGAGAGUGUACCAAUCAGAUUGCUUUAAUCACCAUGAUCGCCGGUGAAUAUUGAUAAGUGUAACCCUAUCACUGUUAAUUUGAGAAUCAUUCUCUUUCCCAGAACUGCGAUCUUUUUAGCCAGCGCCACUUUCCUUUGAUGUCCUUUGCAAUCGUUAAGCUUUAUGGUAAUUAAUCACAAUUUGUUGAUAAAAAGUAAAAGGUUCUAUCUUACUGUUUCUUAUACAGAUUGUACAGUAGGAUUCAUGCGCUGAAGAAUAUGCCUGACCAAAAGAAGGAAACUCAGAUCGUGGAAGUCACAGUCGAACCAAACCUCAUGGUAUUGCAAUUUAAUGAAAUGGCUAAACCGAACCCAUUGUUAUUUUUCUAUCGUUCUUCCCCAGAAGGGAAAGUAUAGCCAAAUAAAAUGCUUCGUUGAACAGACUUAUUUGAAAUCGCUGAUCUACUUCAUAAUUUUUUUCCCGUUUUUCAAGCCGCCACGCAAGGUUAUCUCACCUUUUCACAAAGAUGAAGAUAAAACCAAUAAACACAAAAUAACAGAUUCAAUGAAAUCCAUCAAGAAGCUUGCGCGACCUGGCACUGCAUCAAAAACAGUCAGCGAGAAGGAAAGGUAAGCAAGCAGAGUAGAAUGUAACCUCAGGAAGGUCUUUUUAGAGAGUCUCGCCCUUAGAAAUAAGACUGACUGACUGCCUCCUAAACCAGUUUCGAAAAGGUUAUUUUGAAGCUGAACACACAACCUUCGACACAGUAGAUUCUUGACAAACAAAAGAGAUGUCACUUACUUGUAUAGUUGUUACGUUCAGUAAUUACAUUCAAAUACUCAUUCCUUCGGGUAGGAUUCAACAAGAGUCCUCGACAGAAUUUAACGCAUCACUAGAAACUUGUGAAAAGGCAUUGGAUGAGCUGGAUGAGGAAUCGUUGCUCAACUUUUCCGCUGUUGGGUCUACAGUGAUGGAAGUUCAGGAGCAGCUAGACGAUAUUCAGGUACGCAGAUCUAAGUGAGAUUAAGAUACACGAAGCAGAAGAUUACAACGUGAAAUCUUUUUGUUUUUGAACACGAUCCAUUGCUUCUGCAUUUUUGUCCAUUUUUGUUUAUUUGAAACAUGGAAUGAACUUAAUCACGGUGAUAUCUGUUCACCUAACAGAACGCUUGCCCACACUUUUCUGUUUGGGUAAACUAUCACCUGACGGCAGUCUUAAGGUAAAUAUAUGGGAUUUGCGCUACUACUCGGAAAGUGAUACUUAAAAUGAACAUGAUAUCACUCAGCUUCGAAGCAAAGCAGAGAGCAAGAUUGAAAAGCUUAUUCUUUUUUACAUCCCCUUACAGCUGUACCUUUCGACCGGCUUUUUUCACCCCACUCCAUGUACAUGGAGGUAGGGGACCCCAGAUAGGUGAGAUAACAUGUGGAGGGUCACCCCCACAUGUCAUGUAAACUUCAUCAAAUUAAAACGAGAGAUUAUAUGGACAGGCGGGUUACUCCACGUAAGCGGGUUACCUCAGCUACAUGGGGUUACCCACCUCCUUGUAAACAGGCCCUUAGAUAUGUUAACGGCGAACUCAAACCUUUAGCCAAGGGGGAGAGAGGUUUGCACUCAUGGAUGAAUAAUUAUUUCUGCUUGCUUCGGUUUAAAUUUGAAUUCAGUGAGGGGUCUCUUUACACGGGAUCGAUCCCCUCACCUUGAUCCACCACCGCCCUUGACGAAAAUUUUUUUUUUCAGGUUUUGGAGGAAAACAUGAAGCAGGAGAACAACAAUUUUAUCUUGGUAAAGGAAACCUUUGGAGAAAGCGAAAGUAUGAAUGUGAUGACCGUGGAAAGUCGUGUAAAGCUGCGUAGAAAGGUCGAUGACUUAAAGGAUCGUUGGCAAGAAAUGUGGCGUUCACAUGAAGUCAAUAAGCAGCGGUAGGUUUUGCAUUCUCAAUGUAUUUAAAGCUAUUUACACUUAGUAACAAGCAGUACAAAGCACAGUGUGACCUCGUCAAUAAGGCUACCUUUGGGCCAUGAAAAUCUGUUAAAUCUGACGGUUUGGCUUUGGUCCGAAAAAAUGCGGUUGGCUUAUUCAUUGAAAUGCAGGGUUUCACCCUUAUGGGUGUUAUAAAUAUUCUCGUCCGCGGAGCCCGCAUUUUGUUCCUCUAGCGAAACUGGCAAUUUAUGGAUAAAUCCAACACCAGAAUCACAAAACCUUUUCCGUUUUGACUGCGCCUUCGUUGAGUAAUAUUUAUUAAUAACAGACAAAGAGAAGUCCUCUAGGCAAAUUUUCUUUUGUCUCUUGUUUCAUCAAAAAACAAUUGAGUUUGUGAUAGAUGUAUACACUGUAUGAAAUAAAUCAUUUAAGAACUGCGGAAAUGAAAUCAAAUGAAGAAUGAUCCUUGCAGUUCUUAUAUGAUGUAUAUACAUCUAUCACAUUCAUCUCUUUCACGAGAACAUAUGAACACAUAAUUGACCAACUCCCAACUUCAGUAGCUUCAUAGCUCAGUUGGUAUCACGAGGUCACGGGUUCAAAUCCCGUUGAAGUCCCGAAUUUUUUUUAGGGUUAGUCACGCAAUUGCAUAAAUUGCGUUCACAAUUGCAAGGAUCAUUCUUCAUUUGACAAUUGAGUUUCACUUUUUUUUUCAAAAGACUAUGAAAAAAUCUUUUUAGAAUCAAAGACUUUCAGCACUAACCCUGAGGCGGAGGUGGAGUCAAUUUAGGUUUCUGGGGAACUGCCUACCUACCCCUCCCCUUAGCCAAUAUUAACAAUCACUUCUCAGUUAGGGUAAAAUGUUGGCUUAUGGGAGGAGUAGGUGGGCGGUUUCUAAGAAACCUAAUAUUUCUUUCAAUCCUUCACAAAGCUUGGUGCAAGCGAUUUUGAUUAUGGGUGGUGAGUGGAUGGGACGAGUCAGCAACAGCCUUGAUGAACUGGAGGAGAGCAUGAAUGCGGUUGAAAUCAAAGAAGAUGAACUGAACGCACUACGCGAAGAAGAAAAAAGGCACAAGGUAAAUAGAAUUUAAAGAGGCUGUGUUAAGGGGGUUUAAUAAGGCCGUGAGUUAAGUAGCGUAAGUUAUCAAGAUGAGUUAGUUACAGUUGAGUUACCAAAUCUUGAAAUUUCAAUAUUUGACGAUCGAAUGUCAAAUCCUGAAAUUUCAAGAUUCUGCAUGUCAAAUCUUGCAAUUUUAAUGUUCUGCAUGCCAAAUAUUGAGACUUCAAAAUUUGGUAACCUGACAGAAAAUUAACUCACCGUGAUAACUCACGGUAAAUAACUCACCAUAUUGGCGGACCCGUGUCAAGGCUUUCUAGUUCAUUUUAUAUCGCCAGUUCGCACUUAAGAAUUUACCCGAGAGCUUUGGCAAACAAAAUAUGUCUUCCCAGCUCAAUAUAAAUCGUUACAAAUAACAAAAAUGAACUUUGAAAAAACUGUCAGGCUAACAAGUUUUCAAAACAUACUUGCAAUCUUCUUCAGGUUUAUUCAUCCGUGCUUCCUUUUGUAUUUGCUGACAUUUAUUCCCUCUUCUUUUUGAGCGGCUACCUUAAUGUUUCACUCGAGUUGUGUUGUUAUCAUGAUGUCUGUGGCAGCUCUUGUCUUGACUGAAAGUUCAGUUGAAAGCUCUCUUUCGGCCAUGCAUAUGGAUGAACAUGCAUAAAAUAAGCAUCAACAAACUACAAACAACGCAACGACCAUAAUAUAAAGAAUAAUAUAAUGCAACUCUUGUGACAAGAGGGAAAGAGAGAGAUAAAAAACAAAAAAAACAAAAACAAAAACAAAACAGACGUUUGUUCCAUUAGACACGUCUAUUCAUGAAUAAGGAACCAUUAGAAAACCAAGGGAAAAUUAAAUGAAAAAAUUCUUGCACGUUAUUCAAACCUGAAAAAAAUUCAUACAAGGCAAAAAAAAAAAUUCCUGCAGCUCUCCGUCCCUUGAAACGACAAAAAACGACAAAAACAAACAAACAAACAAAAACCAAAAUAUAUUGUGUGAGUUUCCACUAUGUUCGUUGCUUUUAGGUGUAGUCCGGAAAUCACGGUGUCUUGAUAAAGUUUUCUUUGAGGUUUUUAGGUUUUGUAAGGACCAGUAAUACAUACAUGUAUAAGAGGAUUUUUAAAGAAAAAAAUUUUGUGCAGCCUGCGCAGCUCGGCAAGAUUUAACCCUUUAGGACCCAAGACGGGUAACUAACAUCAAUUUUCUAAAAAUCACAUCAGCAGAUCAUCAAGAGUAAAGGUUAUGAGAAUUUUAAAUUGAUUACCAAAGGGAGAAUGCCUUGAUCUUAAACCAAAUUCUCUCAAAUGUUCUUAAAAGAAAUCUAUGGAGAUCAGUCUGGAUAAUUUGUAUGUGAAUCUUUGGGCUUAAAGGGUUAAAGAAAAAACAAACGAUGUCAUCUCGCGUUUAUUCAAUCUCUGUCCGUUGAAAUUGAUGGGAUUAGUCCAUUUAGCAAAUCCAAAGUCCAUUAAUGGAAAGUGACAUCACCGCGUUUUCAAGCAAAUCUUACUAAUGUCACGCGAAGUAUUCAAUCGACACUGCAAUUCUAUGACCCGUAGUCUUACACUUCAGAAAGUUAUGACGUUGUUGAGUUGUUUAGACCGAUUCUCUGAAGAAGUUUUCUGGCGUACCGGCGCCUUUUGUAGAUCGAACGUAAAAAGGACGUUCUAAAAAAAAGGUUCAUGUUGGGGCUGAAAGUUUUUAAGCGGGGCGCAACAUUCAGUGAUACAUCAUGGAAGCCGAGGACACGAGUAAGUAGACAGGGUCGUUUAGAUUGUUUACGAGGGCAGAUCAUGAUACUCGGGAUGUUCGUCGUAUUUCGUUUUGUUUUAUUUAUAAAUUUAAUUGUUUGUUUGGUCACUCACACAUUAAACGCAACUAAAGUUGAAUAAUGGUUAGGCUUCCUUCUUUACAAUUAUUGUACAUAAAUGUGAAGGAAGCCUAACGAGGCUAGGAGUUUAUAUUUAUAGGCUUCCUUAAGCUAGAUUGCUAAUUACAUGCUUCAUUACUACAGGGUGUACAGAAACCAUUGGAUAAAACUUAAGCGAAAUAACGACUAUGUCGACUAUUAAUCAGAUUUUUUAAAAUCAAAUAUACAGCUGAUGAGUGUUCUUCAACAGCACUAUGAUCAGUCAAAGUCUCAUUCUAUCGAUUUGCAGGAAUAGCCGUUGAUUUUUAUUAGUGUUAGCUGAAUUUUCUCAGCGGAGCUGAUUUUAUGAAAGUGAAAGCGUCAACCGUCUAGUAUUUUCUAUUCCAAUUCAUGUGAUCGGCUAAGAUCAUAUGAGUAAAGUUAGUAUUGCCAACAGUGUUGUGUUACAAGGCCAAUUGCUUCGUGUCUCCACGACAACGGACGGAUCACGCGAAUAAGUGGGGCCCAUAGAAAAAGGACUUGUAGUUCGAGUUCUGAGUGAUUCUAAAACAAUUUCAAGGCGAAGGGAUUCCAUUUGGCUUAAAUCUUUUUUUUAUGCAUGUAACUCAUCCUUUCUCUCAUGAUUACUUCAUUCGAACAACAUUUCAUUCUAGGGUACAUGGGAAAUCCGAAAAUUCUGGUUGGUUCGCACCAUUUCGUUUGGGAUUUGUGAUUUGAGGGGAUGCAGUUCUUCUACGCUGUAAUCUGUUCAUUUGAUUUGGAUAUACGUUGUAGCGGGGCUUUCUCCCACCACCUCAAAUUUUAUAGUUUUAUGCACAAUUAUUUUUCCAAAAGUAAGACAUUUUGAUUUCAACCUAAAUCCACUUUUCUGAGUCUACUUUACCCUGACAUUGCUAGAACAUCAUAAACAAGAUAGCUUCACAUGAGGAUUCUGUCAGUGCAGCAGUUGAUGUGGCCAGGGAAGUUCACAGGAGAGAUCUUGUGACCGAAGAAACUGGUGAAACGAUUCAACGAGAAACAAAGGCGCUAGAGGAUAGGCUUGAGGGAUUGAUAGGAGAUGCAGAAAAGAGGAAACAAAGGUAUCUUCCCCAAAACAAUUUGAAAUGCAAUAGUGAUCAAUCGUUCAAACCUGGGUUAUAUUUACUUCCUUUCGAAAAAAUCUGUGUUAACUAUACAAGAGGCGCUUAGAGCCUUGUCCAAGUUCCGACCAUCAGUUAAUGGCUUAAUUACCAUUUCAUUCUUAAGUCAGUUCCACCAAUGGCAUUGCUACUCCACUCCAUAUAUAAACCAACAAUCCUCUGAUUUGCUAUGGUGAAAUGCUCGACCUUGAAAUGUCACCUUUUGAUCAUGAUGCAGGUUGUACAUUUUUACUUUUGGAGAAAAAUGAUCCUAAAAAUAUACGAAAAAAGUUAAAGCUCCAGCUCUUUAAAAAUCGUUGAAAUUUGGCCUUACCCUUCCGUAACAGAAGUGGUUAGAUUUAAAGAUGGUCGAUAAAAGUGGAUAAUAAAAUUGACUAAUUUAUAUGCCCGCGGCUUGAAAGAAUUUCAUCCUACCCACUGUGUGGGCCAGGCAAGACCAUCACGUUUCAAUAUUUCCCAUUAAGUCCUUCAGGAAUGAUUUUAAAGUAUUUUUAUUUCGGUUUUAAUUUUAUUCUUCUAUUAGGAUUGCUGAAGCAUUGCGAAACGCUGAGCAAACUACUACGGUUAAUGAGACGAUGGUGGCUUCUAGUGUGAUUGCUGUUCAUUCAAGUCCUGACGAAUCACAUGACGAUUCACAAAGUGAUGAGGGAUUUGUGGAACCAAAACAUCAUUUCUUCAAAAAGAAACCGACUUACGAGGUUGGUAAAGCGACUUUUCAAACUCCAUGAUUAAUAAUAAUUAAAAAAUAAUAACAACAAAUAAAUCAUGAAUCACGACUUUCUUGCACUCUUUAAUUCGCGUUCCACUCGAUAUCAAAACACGCACUUGACGAAGUAAGUAGGUACCCUUCGAGCAAAGCUUGCAGAGUCUUUUUUAGUGGAGAGGAAAAAUUAAUAGGAGGCUCUGCCUGAACCACAUCGAACUUUUGAAGUCGCCGAAAAAUCGUUCCGGACUAGUCAAUCUUGUUUUCUUUCGUCAAACUGGUUUUUCGAGUGCGAGCAUCUGUUUUUUGAUAAAUCGGCCAUGACUGAGCCUGCUGUGCUAAACGCACGGCUAUUAGGCCUAGUUCGAAACUGAACACCAGCAACAAUCAGCACAUGCUCAGCAAAGACUUUUCUCGAUCCAUGCACAAGUACGCCAUAAUGAAGUGAGAGAAAGGCUCUGCUAGCAGGUUGACAUCGAGGUAAACCCUUUAUUGUUCCUUAGGCAGCAUCAUUUGCUGCAAAUUUUUCUGCAACUCUCAAAACAGUGUUUAUAAUCAAGGCAUGCAGUGAACAUAUAAGUCAUCACUGAUCUAAGAUGAAAAAGUACAAAGAUUGUGUUAAUAACCUUUAGUAUAAUUACAUUGAUGAAAAUCGAAAAUAGAGCGCUACGAUUGGCAGGGAGCUUCGCUUCAUCCUGCAAAAAUCAUUGCGCGGUGAUUAUAACAGUGAAGGCUAGCAGUUGUCAAAAUGGCAGCCAGAUUUGUUGAUGUUUCGGAGUCGGAAAUUGAUCAAUAAUUUUAUUUUCCCGAAUAAUCAUCAAUGUAAUUAUACUAAAACAAUUAGUCGCCUCAGGCGACGUGAAUAUCGACGAAUAGUCACCUCGACUUCGUCUCGAUGACUAUUCGCCGAUAUUCACGUCGCCUGAGGCGACUAAUUGUUAAAUAAGGGCAUUUGAAAGCAUGUUGUUAGGAUAGCUUUCGGCUAAGUGUCUUAAUUUGUAGUACAGUAAAAACCAGCAUGUAAGAACUUAGCUGGCAAAUUAGAUUCUUAUAAUUUUUGGGUAGUUAUUGAUGACAGUUUUGGAUAAGUAGUUCUAAGUAGGUUCUUAAUUAUGUUCUUAUUUUCUAUAAUAAAGAUAUAGUUGUUGAUCACCAGAAAAAAAAAAAAAAAAUGGAUGGCGUUAUUACAGAUAUGCAGUUUUAUUCACAACUGCAUCAUCAUAUGAGAAGCCCAACAAACUUAUACAACAAUAUUUCAUUAUCCCUAAUCUCAAAGUCAAACUCCACGUUAAACUAUGUUUAUCAUAAUUUUACCGAACCCACAUACAUGUAUAAGAACCUGUUUGAUCUUGCCUGACCAAACAGGUUCUUACAUUUUUGGUUAUUAAAAUGACACAUUUUUCUGCCGACAGGUUUUUUAAACCGCACUUGGUUCUUACGUGCGGGUUUUUAUUGUAUGUAAUGAUUAUUAUACCUCUAAAACAUAUCAAUUUUCUCAAAUUCAUUUAAAUAGUCACUCAUCAAUCAGAAGAUAAAGGACUUUCGAAAAGAAACUAAAGCCAUGCAUGACUGGAUGGAUGAAUCAGAGACACUUGUCAAAUCAUUCAGCGUUGACAUGGAUUCCCAAAAAGCAACAAAGGUUCAGCAGAAAGUAAAUGUAAGUGUCACGUGGUUUUCGUCAUAGUGUUUUUCUGAAUCAUAAAGAAACUGUCCUUAGAUCGGGAAGUGAAAGAACCGACAGUGCGCACAGGCUUCAGCUGACGAGUUUAGUUAACGCCGGCCUAGGGACUGAGACUCGUAAGAUGCCAAGAUUGCCUUUUGUGCCUCGCUUUGCGCUGUUUGCCUUUCGGCAGCGAGGAAAUGUCUAGCGGUGUUUUGUUUUCAAAAUGCAGAUUCGCAUACGGCGUCGAUCAGGAGAGAUAAAGAGCAAACUUUUGGUGUACGCAGAACAUGAUCCUUGAUGCUUAUUGUUAAAAUACUUUAAAAUCAGGUUAUUGAUAGUCAUUAAGACGGCGACGUUGACUUAAACGAUGGUAACAAAGACAAUUUGGUUGGGUAGUCAGUGAAACGGGGUUUCUUUUUUUUUUCCUUAGACGCAUUAUGAGGAAAUCAAGGAGAAACAGGCCAAGUUGGAUCACAUCGUCUUAUUAAGCAAGCAAAUUGAGAACGAAACUUUGGACCCUACAGUCAGCGAGCCGUUUGUAAAGCAAGCCGACCAUUUGAAGGAAAGAUGGAAGAAGGUUAAGGAGAUGAUUGAAAACUACGGUGAAGCAGACGCGGGAAGCAAAGCAAAAGAAGGCAACUGCUGUGUCAUUUUCUUAAAAAAGAGACUGUUUCCAGCUUGGUAUUACAAUUAAAUCUGUCUGACGUAAAAUAUAUCAAAAUGUACUCAGACGUUCUAACCAAGUCGGAUAAAAGUAUUAAUACUACCCCUGUUUAUCUUCUCGAACAGUUAAGCCUCUUAACAGGAGAAUAGACCAUUGUACUUAAGAGAAAAAAUCGGUUUGAGGCGCAUAGAAGUAAAUAGACAAAAUUUUGUCUUUGACGUACUCUCGCAAACAUUUUGCAAUAAUUAACAUUGCUUCAAUAAAAUGUGUGUUAAGGUAAAGGGAUUUUCACAGAACAUAGUAGGAAGAUUUUGUCCUCAAACAUAUGAAAUUAGAAGUAAGUUGGGGAAUUUAAAGGUCACAUUUAUAUUCUGAGGAAUUAUAGUUAUUUAAUAAGUAGCUAGUGUAAAUAUAUUGGAUCGCAACAAGUUGCUGUGUGGGUCAACGGCCUUUUUUUUUCGCCAAUUAGAUGACCUUUAAAUUAUUAAAAAACUGAACGUAUGAAAGAAGUAGAAGUCUUUCAAUUGAAAUGAUAGCGAUUCAGUGAAAUGGGUUACAGAGCAAGUGCGCAAAACCAAGUAGUUUUGACUGACUCGCUCAACCCACUGCCACCACAUCUCGUGAAAAACAAGCGAAAACGCACUUUUUGUGCAAUCAAAAACCAUAAUUCUAAAAAUCUAUACGAAACGAGGAGCCAAGCUUAGUCUUCAAGUAGCACGCAAAAUGUUGUUGUUUUGUUUUAUAAGUCAGUAAAAAUUCACUGACAGUUUCAGAAAGGUACUUUUUGCUGAACGGUAAUUUUCAAUCCUCGUUGGUUUAGUAUAGUAACAAGCGAUCUGCUACACAACGACACAUAAACGCAACAGUGAAACACAUUAUGUUAUGUGUCCUGAAGUUUAUUUAAAAGGUGAUUCAAAAUUAACAUCAACCAUAAACUUAAUAGAUCUUUUUAGUUAUCUUUUGUUUCCCAUUUCAGACUGUGUGAUAUCAUCCCUGAGAACUGUUUUCUUAAUCGUCGUCCUAUCCACAUGCAUGCAUGUAUGUUUGAGAAGGUAAAUUUCCUUGAGGACAUCAUGUUGUCUGAAUUGGGAUUCUAAAACAUACACGCUAAAAAGGUCUAGUAAGUCUUAUUUAAUUGCUUAACACUGCUUUUUGUUUAAAUUUCUUAGACCAAACUUAUUUACGUUAGGGUGGUUUACAUGGACGAUCUUACAUCAACAGGAUUAUCCUCAUAAGCGAAUCAUCUAAGGACGAAAUUCUUUCCUAGUUAUCCUUAUAAAGA